UUCACAACCCGUGAACUUAAUUCCACCCCUCGCAUCGCCAAAAUUAUUUUGUCUAAAAUAAUCAUUGGACAAGAGUUUACAUACACUGCAUAAUUUUUUUCCUAAAUUCAUGGGCAGGCAGCCCCAAAAAUCCCGAUUUAUGGAACCACGGCUUUAUUUUUGUCCAAUCUGACCGUCUCGCAGGAUUUAGGGCAAAUCCCGGUUAAAUCCUGCUCUAAAUCCUUUGCGGGCCCCUUGAUUUGCAGCCGGAAGAGAUCAUCGAACAGUCGAACCUGCUCAGAUAGCUAUAGUUGAUUCAAUCCACCUCAUGAGGCCGAUGGAUCGAUUCAUGGCUCGGAGAGCGGAAGCGCAUCUGUUUUUAGGAGACAUUGACUCAGGAAACAUCGAUGACAAUCGGGAAGCCGUCGAGGGGCCUCCGGAAAUACUUGGAGUGGAUUGGAAUGGGCACGAAGCAGGGGUAGAGUCAUCACCACCCCCAAAAGAGGAGGCGACGGAAAAGCCGUUACACUUCAUGGGGAUGAAGGUACGGAGGCGAGCUAACUUGCUUAGUGAGUGCCAUGGGGAUUACAUUGACGUGUCAUCCGAUCCUUCUCUCUCAAAGAUACCAAGAAAAUAUGGUGAUGGAAAGGUUUUAUUUGCUGACAAAGUUUUGAGAUUCACAAGAACUGGAAAGAUGAAACGUCGUAUUCUAUUAAUUACAGACUCAGCUGUCUACAUCAUUGAUCCUGAUUCUGAUGUAAUGAAAAGAAGGAUAGCACUUGCAGCUGUUGAUAAGUUACGCAUGAGUGAGCUGAAUGAUAACUUUUUUGCAAUUGUCAUCCCAAGUGAGUACGACUGUCUUAUGGCGAGCACUCGAAAAAUAGAAAUCGUCAAUGUGUUACUCGAAGCCACUAAGACUAAAUCUGAGUAUGAAUUUAAGGUUUUUCGCUCAAACAGGUUUGAGUACAAUGCUGCUGCCGACAAAGUAAAAGAAGUAGAAUUUGAGGAAGUAGCUGGAAACGUCAUGACAAAGUUUCUAAGGAAAUAAAACCAGUGAUGUUGGCUGUUCUCGUUUUGUUCUUGGACUCUAGAUCUACUUGAAGGUAUUCCCAACUGAAACUGCCAAUUUUCUUCCAAUUUUUUUCGCUGGACUUGCUUUUAUAAAUUCGUAAAAUGUAUUAUUUCUGUGCAUAUGCCUUAUACUACUAACAUUUGGGAAUAACAACAUUUCUUCUGUUUUACUUUUCUGUAAUUUUUGGGAUCGGACAUGGGGUUCUUUGUAGUUCUUUCUCA